AUGCAGAUUGCAGAUACAAGUUUUAUAACUUUUUCAGGACAUAAUUCUAUAGGUUCCCUUAAUAUUCUAAAUCUGUUUGCAAGUAACCAAACGCAUUUUCUACCACUCGUCGAGCUCUCGACAAACUCUCCUACCAACAGCGAACCUGCCAACAACGAAAAUUGGAAUCAACAGUUUCGCAAAACUCCAACACCCUCUCUCAAUCUCAACGAACCUCUAAAAAACGAAAGAAGGAAGAUGAAGCUUUAGACCGAGCGUUAAGCGUGUUAGACAAAUCUGAUGAUGCUGCCAUUUUUUGGUGAUUUCGUGGCUGCUGCAAUACGGAAUAUGAGGUCGGAAUCCCGAAAAAGAGAAUUAAAACGUAAAAUUCAACGUAUCAUUCUGGACAUGGAAGAAUUGGAUGAAGCCGAUCAAUAUUCACGUCCUUCUACUUCACAGUCUCUUGGUCCUCUUACUCCACUGCCAAAUGUGACUUGGGAAAGUUUGGAAUACACAACGUACGAACAUUUGUACUAAGUUUGUCAAUUGACCAAGCUUCACCUUUUAU